GUCGUGGGGGUGCUGGAGCCUAUCCCAGCUGUCUUCGAGCGAGAGGCGGGGUACACCCUGGACUGGUUGCCAGCCAAUCACAGGGCACCAUUGCAGGAGCCAGAGGCCCCCACAGUUACUGGCACCGGGAGCUUGCAGAGCAUCAACGGUAAAGAUGAACUCCCUGCUUCUGCUGUGUACGUCUUUGCCCUUCAUCUUGGCAACAACAUCAUUUCAACAUCAGGAUGAAAAAGAUGGCACAUUGCGUGUCAGCAUCCCACUGGAGAUGCCACUCCGCCCCCUACUGGGCGGCAAAGCAGUGGUGCCCUGCUACUUCCAGGACAACACUGUGAGCGACCCCGGCGCCCCGACGAUCGCCCCACUCUCCCACCGCAUCAAAUGGACCUUUGUCACCAAGGAGAAAGUCAGCACCAUUCUGGUGGCGUCGGAGGGCAAAGUUCACGUGGAGAUGGAGUAUCUGGACAGAGUCACAAUGGUCAACUACCCACUUGUGCCCACUGACGCCAGCUUGGAGGUAACGGAGCUGAGGUCCAGAGACUCAGGAACCUACCGCUGCGAGGUGAUGCAAGGGAUCCAUGACAACUCUGACACGGUGGACAUACAGGUUCAGGGUAUUGUGUUCCACUACCGCGCCAUCACCACUCGGUACACUCUCACUUUUGAGAAGGCCAAGGCUGCUUGUAUCCAAAACAGCGCCACCAUCGCCACCCCGGCCCAACUGCAGGCAGCCUACGAUGAUGGAUACCACCAGUGUGAUGCCGGAUGGCUGUCGGAUCAGACUGUCCGAUACCCCAUCCAUGAGCCUCGGGAGGAAUGCUACGGAGACAAGGAAAACUUCCCCGGCGUGAGAACCUAUGGCGUGAGAGACAUCAAUGAGACUUAUGAUGUCUACUGUUUUGCAGAAAAGAUGGCAGGCAGAGUCUUCUACUCGAUGUCCGUAGAGAAGUUCACCUUCGAUGAAGCCAGCGACCAGUGCACCAAACUGGGCGCCAGGCUUGCCACCACCGGCGAGCUUUACCUGGCCUGGAAGGGCGGCAUGGAUGUGUGCAACGCCGGUUGGCUGGGUGACAGAAGCGUACGCUACCCCAUCAACAUCGCUAGGCCUCAGUGUGGAGGUGGACUUCUGGGAGUCAGAACGGUGUACCUGUUCUCCAACCAGACAGGAUACCCCUUCCCGGAUUCUCGUUACGAUGCUAUCUGCUUCCAAGGUAGCGAUGACGAAGGUGCGGUUCCUGGUAGAACCACUCUUUUCCCUGAGAUCAUCAGCAUAACCCCAGCACCUGGACUUUAUCCAGGCUUCACACCCAUUCCUGAUGGUCAGGAGAUCAAGCAUGGAGGUGUGGAUAUUCUCACCCCGAAGUCCGUCACUCCUACAUUCACAGACGCUGCAAUGGCACCCACUGGCGUCGUGUUCCACUACCGCUCAAUUACUGGUCGGUAUACUUUGACCUUUUUUGAGGCCCAGCAAGCCUGCAAGAGCAUUGGAGCGGUCAUUGCCAGCCCCCAGCAGCUGCAGGCAGCCUUUGAGAAAGGCCUUCAUCAAUGUGACGCUGGAUGGCUCGGUGACCAGACUGUCAGGUAUCCCAUCGUAUCACCUCGAGAUAACUGUGCCGGUAACCUGCUGCACCUUCCAGGAGUCAGAUCAUACGGUCUGAGGCCAGACUCGGAGCGCUAUGAUGUGUUUUGCUAUGUGGAACGUCUCCAAGGUGAGGUCUUCUUCACCAGCGACUAUGACAGCUUCUCCUACGAGGAAGCCGUGCAGCACUGUGAGAACCUCAACACCACACUGGCCACGACUGGACAGUUGUUUGCCGCCUGGAACCAAGGUCUUGAUAAGUGCCGCCCAGGCUGGCUGAUGGACCGCAGCGUCCGCUAUCCCAUCACAAGUCCCAGAUCUCACUGCGGGGGCGGCCAGGUGGGCGUGCACAUCAUCUACGCUUUCCCCAACCAGACAGGUUUUCCUGAUGAGCAUUCCCGCUAUGAUGCCUACUGUUUCAAAGCUGAAAAACCUGCAGUUGACAGCAACAAUGAAACCAUUUACGACCUGUUACUGACGACGGAUGUUAUCAACAAGACAACAGUCGCAGUUGAUCACUCCACUCCGACUAUUGAACCUACCAUGGGCUACAAUGACACUGAACCAAGUCUAAAUGUUACUGACAUAGAAGAGAUGAUUCAGAAGACCAACACCACGACACAUCUAACUGUUCCUACUGUUCCUGUUGAUGGUUCUGGCUCUGGUUCUGGCCUCGGAUCAGGCGAUCAUUCAGCCAGUGGUGAUAUCUCAGGGGAGUCUAGCACCACCAGUGGGAGCGGAACCUCCGGUUCAGGAGUGGAUGUCACCUUCAGUGGGCACACGGACAUCUUGUCUGGAGAUCAUUCUGCUUCUGGUGAUCCACAUGAAGCAGAGGGUGGAAGUACAAUUAUCUUCACAUCAGGGGAACCGUCCAGUGCAUCGGGAUCUGGAUCUCGCUUUGUUACAUUUGGAUCUGGAUCCGGCUUUGUUGCAUCAGGAUCUGGAUCGGGCUUAAUUACAUCAGGAGAUGGUUCUGGCUUUGUUGCAUCAGGAGCUGGAUCUGGUUUCAUUGCAUCAGGAGGUGGAUCUGGCUUUGUUGCAUCGGGAGCUGGAUCUGGCUUCAUCCCAUCAGGAUCAGGUUCAGCCAGUGGCAGUGGAGACAUGAGUGGCAGUGGCGGUGACAUACUGAUCAACACACUGGACGGAAAGGAGGAAGAGCUGUUGAACCCGACUCUCACUGAGCAAGAGCUGGGUAGCGGUGUCUUGUGGACUUCGGGAAUGUCUGGAUCAGGAAGUAUGUCUGGAUCAGGAAGUUUGUCUGGAUCAGGAGACAUUUAUGGAUCUGCUGAUCUGUAUGGAUCAGGAGUUAUGUCUGGAUCGGGAGGGAUGUCCGGAUCAGGAGGCAUGUCUGGGUCGGACAUCAGUGGAUUCUCCAGUAUCUCCUUCAUAGACAGCAGUGGCAUUGACCUAACAGUCCUGCCAUCAGGAGAGCAGGAGUUGUCUGGAUAUCAUCCCUUUGCAUCAGGCUUCCCCAGUGGCUUUCCAAGUGGUUUUCCAGCUAGCGCUUCCGGCAGUGGUUCUGCCUCUGGCCAACCUUUUCAGACGGAUGGUGACAUCAUCUUUUUAACAGAAGAUGGGAUAAAGGAGGUUACUAUUUCUGCACCAACACACCAUCCAGAAGAAGGACGGGGCGUAGUAGAAAUAAGUGGCCAGGGAAGUGGUUCUGGAAUCCACCUUCAAAGCUCAGGCAAUGAGAUGCCGACAACUGCAGGGCUUUCCAUAGCUCUCCCUCCUGGAUCGACCAUGACCUACCCAGACUAUACUGGUCAAUCAGGGCAAGUUGCAGAGGCAGAGGAGCCAACAAUCAUCAUUGUAACCCCAGAGCCUACUAACAUCAGUCCAACAACAGUGCCAUCAGUUUCACUGGCAACCCCUGCUGUGGUGGAGCAGCCAGAAGUUGAAGAGGCUGUACAUGGUUGUCCCGAGGGCUGGUUGGACUUCAUGGGAAGCUGUUACCUCCACUUUGCGGACAGACACACCUGGUCAGAAGCUGAGCAGCGUUGCCAGGAGAUCAAUGCCCACCUGGUCAGCGUUACAUCUGAGGAGGAGCAGAAGUUUCUCAACUCCAAAGGUCAGGACUACGAGUGGAUCGGUCUCAAUGACAAAGAUGUUCAGAAUGAGUUCCGCUGGACCGACGGCAGUCCCCUGACGUACGAGAACUGGAGGCCCAACCAACCUGAUAACUACUUCAACUCCGGAGAGGACUGCGUCGUCAUGAUCGGACAUGAGGGAGGCCAGUGGAAUGACGUGCCCUGCAACUAUUACCUUCCCUUCUCCUGCAAGACUCAGCCUGUGAGCUGUGGGGCACCCCCAGAGGUGGAACACGGCGCACCGUUGGGUGUCACACGAGAGCGCUACCCAGUCAACUCAAAAGUGCGCUAUCAGUGUCAGGCAGGCUACACGCAGCGCCACCUGCCUGUCAUACGCUGCAUGGAGAACGGGGAGUGGGAGAAGCCGCAAGUCAAAUGUACAGAAAGUGGCGCCAACAGCAACAGGCUACACAAAAGGUCCGUGAGGAGCAGCAGAAGUAAAGCAGUGAUCCGACAGCAGCACAGGAAGACGCUCUGAGCAGGACUGUAAAGCGCACAAGUGAGAGUCACAAAAAGGAUCCCUGAAUGGACACCUAUGCUAAUGCCCAACCAAAAAUAAUCGCAUCUCCCUGUCCCUUUUCCUCCAGUGUAAAUACAAACAGGAAAGCACAUUUAGAUGUUAUUUAUAGAGUCUAAUUUAUAGCUGUGAUCCAUGCACAACUACUACAGGAGAAAUAGGAUUUAUUUUUAAAAAAGCAAGAAGCCAAUAUGAAAGUGUUAUUGAUAGCAGGUGAAUCCUCUCAUUGCGUCAACCUACUUUAUUUCCAGAUCUUUGUUUGUGUUUGCUCUCAAGUGACGACUGUGAUUCUCAAGUUCAAUUCUCUCUUCUAGCACAGGAUUUUAUUACAUAAUAAUAAGACGGUUGUUUUUCUUUCCAUUGCUUUUGCGAAUACAAAUUAGGAUUCAUUUUGAACAAACAACCCUAGGGUAGACACCGAAUAUUGACAUUAGAGCAUUGUAUUUUAGGCUGAUUGAAAGCUCUAAAUUGUUGUCAAUGUUUACAAAAAAAAGUACCCUUCGAAAACACAAAAUUUUCAUUGAUGUUUAGGAAAACAAUUUGCGUUAUUACUGUAUUUUCUGACUAUAAGUCGCUCCGGAGUAAGGGCAAAAAUGUCGUGCAAGGCCAAAAAUGCAUAAUUAGGUCAAAAAAAACAUACAUAAGUUAUGUGGAGUUAUGUGGAGUUAUAUGGAGUAUAAGUCGCAUUUUUUGCAGGUAAUUUUAUUUUAUAAACUACUUGACCAAAACAGACAUUACAUCAUCUUGGAAGGCAAGUUCUAACAAUAAACAAAUGGAGCACAACUAUGAACAGAAAAGGUGUCCAAUUUUUAUGUAAUGUAAACAGUUUUUUCAUUUAUAAGUCGCUCUGGAGUAUAAGUCGCAGGAACAGCCAACCUAUGAAAAAAAGUGUAACUUAUAGUCCAGAAAAUAUGGUAAUUAAAUACUAAAUUGGCUUAAUUGUUUUUGUAUGUUAGUGUCACAGUAAACUUGAGAUUGUGUAUGAUGGUCCCAAAAAAUGUACGUUAGGUUCAUAAAGACUCAAAAUUGACUCAAAAACUUUUCUGAAUAAAUGUACGCUAGUUUAGCUGAAGAAUCAAAAUUGUCUUCAGAGUUUACAUACAUUGGUUCACUAAAUAAAUGUAUGCUAGUUUAACUGAUGACUCUCAAUUGACUUUACUGUUUACAUACCUUAGGUUUAUCGGAAACUCAAAAUUGUGUUCAAUGUUUACCGUAAAUUCCAGUGUAAAAGCCGCAUCCGCUACAUUUACACCUGUGCAUAUAUAAGCUGCACAUGUCUAAGUCAUAAAAUGUCAUAUUGCGGGGUCGGUCGAUGAGUCCAUGAGGAUCAGGCAGCUCUUUAUUUUACAGGAGCCGAUCAUGAGCUAUGUAAGAACUCACAAGCUUAUCAACCCAUUGGAAAUUGCAAGAGGUCAUUACUCAAUAUAAGGAUCAGGUUCACAGUGUCAUCUUACAAGAAAACACCAAACUCAUCACACAGCAACUUAACAGUCAAAAGGUAUAACUAAGAAAAAAGUACCAAUAUGAGUUUAAAUGGGGAAAAAUAUAUUUUUUAAGUUUUCCCAUAAGUCAUUUUGCAUAAAACUCAUAUUGGUACAUGUUUGUAUAUUACAUUAUAUAUUCCCUUUAAGUUGUUAUGUGUUCUUUGUAAGAUGACACCAUGAAUCAGACUGUUAUAUUGAGCAGCACGGUAUUUAAACAACUAGUAGUAGUACUAGUAGUCGUAGUAGUAGUGGUAGUAGUAAAGCAGAUGUCCCAACAUUUGAAUUUAGUGAUAAAUUCGCCGCACCGCUGUAUAAGCUGAAAGGGUUCAAAGUUUAAGAAAAGAGCAGUGGCUUAUACACCAGAAAUUACGGUACUAGGUUCAAUAAAUACUGUAAAUUGUCUUUGACAUUUCUGAAUAAAUGUACGCUAGUUUAGCCAAGGACUCAAAUUGUCUUUACUGUUUAUGGUCAUUGGUUCAUGAAACAAUUGUUAUGUGCAUCAAAGACUCCAAAUUGCCUUGGACAUUUCUGAAUAAACGUACGCUAGUUUAACUGACGACUCUAAAUUGACUUUAUUGUUUAAGUACCUUAAGUUACACAUACGUUUGUUUAGUCUCAGACUCAAAGUGGUGUCCAUACACAAAUUGUUUAUGAAAAGACAUACUUCUUUGAUGCAAAAUUUCUGCUUUGUUGACGACUUCAAUGUUGACUUCACUCUCAUUUAGUUCAGGAUCAUGUUUUGUUACUGCAAUUUGCACCUCAGCAAACUCUGAAGGGCACACACCGCAAUAAUCGCGUUAGUCUGUGAAUAAAAAGAAGACAUACAUUAAAAUAGUUACUGUUAGCUGAGACCCGUCGCUGGCUCCACGCAUGGGACUCACUGUAAAUAUUUGACACUACAAAAUUGUGUGAACAGCAGGAUCUGUCAGUAACUUUCAUCAAGCAUACCGUUUAUUUAAUCCUGAACUAUCCUGUGUAGUUUAGUUAAACAGAGUAGAACAAAAAAAAAAGAUGUUUUUAGUUGACAAA